CCAUUUUGGAUUUCGAGUCAGCUUACUUUGGUUCAAUAUCACAAGCUAGCAGGUUUCAAUUAUCCACCGGUGCAACAUUUCACACAGAGCACUGGGUGGUGCUGACAGGCCUUUUGCUCGAGGACGUUGUUUUCCCACCGAUGUCCGUUACUUACAUCCUGCGCCGUAUCUUUCCUUCUGUCAUCUUACAGUCGUGCCAGUGGCGGUGAUAGCUGGCUGGCUAGCUAGCUUGUUAGCUAGCCGCGAAGAAGAGCAUCGGCACCGGCUUUUUGAGCUGAAGAAAUAUCAACAGGCCGCCAGAUAUUUUUCGCCGUUUGUGCAGUGAGGUUAUCGGCCCACCCGGCUUAUCACAAGGAGAAAUGUAUCAAAUCCCAGUGAACGACGUGACAACACUCAGGAAAGCCAGGACAAAAGUUAAAAUUGCUCUUGAAGAUAUUGGUUUGGAGUAUUGCAAGGAGGUGAUAAAGGAUUUUAAGGACUUUAGUCCAGGUGAGGACAUUUUCAAUGAUACGCUACAUACUGAUGUCUGUGUGUGGGACCCUGCUUACUCUAAGAUACAGGACUAUCGAUCAAGGCCUUUUUGCUGCGGAGUAUGUCGUUUUUCUUCCAGAAGCUACCCGAGCUACCAGAAUCACUUCCGCCAUGCGCACAAAAGAACAAUUCAAAACAGACUUCUUCUUAAGUGCUCUCACUGUGCAUUUGUUGGGAACAAGACAGCGUUGGAGAUCCAUGUGAGAAUAUUCCACAAAGACAGAUUAGAACAGCAGCAGGCCGCUAGGAGUGCUGCCAUCAGACAGAGACAGAUGCAGCAAAAGAAGCCUCCCAAUGGUGCUGCAAGGCCAAUGUACUAUUGCAAAAAAUGCAUGUACCGUGAUACUCUGUACAACGGCGUGAGGAGGCACAUCUACAGAGAACAUUUUAAGCAUGUUGCCACACCAUAUCUGGGUAUGGUUUCCAAAUCAUCCGUUCAAAAUGGCGCUCCUUUCAACGGCGAUAACAUCCUAUGCAAACGCUGCAGGUUUACCACCAAAAGCUACGAGUCACUUGUGCAGCAUGUCAUCGAAUACCACGAGCGCAUUGGUGCUCAAGUAACUACUAUGAUAGGGCAUUCUAAUGUUUCCGUCUCCAAUUUGCCAAGCAUGUCCCAGAAGUCCUCCAUGAUUGUCAACGGGGGAUCAUCACUUGUAGUUAAUACAAAGUCACAAGUCAUUGGCUACUUAAAGCCAGCGUCCCCUGUUUUUAAAGCUCAGUCUUUGGUCACGGCCAAAAAGGCCCCUGUUAAUGCGCCUAGGAGCACUGCCGCUGAAAGUAGUGGGCCUGUUGUUAAUACAGGCCAAACACAGAAGUGGAAGAUAUGCACCGUGUGCAAUGAGCUCUUUCCUGAGAACCUGUACAGCGCCCAUUUUGAAAGUGCGCACAAGGCAAGGAUAGUGUGGGCUCUGGCCAAGUAUAUCAUGAAAAUCCAUAACUUCACUAGCAAGUGUUUGCUUUGCAAUCGCUACCUGCCUAGUGAUACACUGCUGAACCACAUGCUAAUACAUGGGAUCACUUGUCCGCAGUGUCACUCUGCUUUCCACAGUGUUGAAAAACUCCUCGACCACGAGCGCCAGGUUCACCUUGAGGCUUAUGUCGGGCCCCCGGGAGCAUCACCGCUAACUUUUGAUCUCACCAUCAAACAAAACAUACAGCUUCAUAUUCUCACCUUUAACAUGAAGAAGGCAGAUAGCCAAGAUCAGUCGUUAGCUAGCUUGAAUAUGGGCAACCCCCUUGUCAAAGCGGCACCGUCCACGUUUUCAGAGAUAAAGACUCAAGCGCUGGACAAUAUGUUCUGUACAGUGAUGGAAGCCAAUGAGUCGGAGAAGACGAUUUGUCCGCUGUGUUGCGCCAUUUUAAAAGAUCCUGUCCCUGAUGCUUUGGCAAUUCAUCUGAGACAGCGACAUCAAGUGCUCCAAACAAUGCAUCCCGUUGAAAAGAGAUUGACAUACAAGUGUAUUCAUUGCUUGGGCGUGUACACCAGUAACAUGGUGGCUUCCACAAUUACACUGCAUCUUGUCCAGUGCAGAGGAGUAGGAAGGAACCAGGGAAUGCAAGGUCCCAAGGCAGCGUUGCCCCUUCACUCAUCAGGAAUGAACAUCAUUAAGAAACAGUCGCCAACACGUGCGGUAACUCACCCCAGGAAGGUCAAAAUGAGUAAAGCUGGUGAAGGGGGCCUGGCCCUAGAUCCUAAAAUCAAUGAGAAUAAAACAUAUGAGGCUCGUAAAAACUUCCUAAAAGCCUACUUCAAUCAAAAACCUUAUCUUUCCUCCAAAGAAGAGAAGAAACUGUCUGCUAGUCUGUGGGUGUGGAAAGCAGACAUCUGUAAGCACUUUGAAACCAUGCAAAAUGUAUGCAAAAGACAAUGUGAGACAUCAAAUGCAUCUGUGCUGCUGGGUUUUGACAUGCAGGCUCUCAAGAAAGUGAAACACGACAUGGUCUUUGAGAACAUCCAGCGUGACGGUACAUCAGAGGCGAGGUCUGGUGGCCUCAAGUCUGGUACUCCAAACAUGACCCAAAAUGUGACACAAAACUGUACAAAACUAUUACCCCAAAGCAUCUCCUCUACCAGGCAGACCACAUACACUGAGCCCAUCUUGAUUGACUCAGAUAGUGAACCAGAAAUGGAACCCAUACCCGUUGCUAACACAAAUGGUGACUCGGACCAGCUGGAGGUCGAAUCCCGACAGACAGCAGAAUCAACAGAAACCGAACCGAUGCCUGUUGAUGACACAAAUGAUCAGUCGGACCUGCAGGAGAUGGAAUCCCAACAACCAGAAUCAACAGAAACAGAACCGAUGCCCGUUGACAACACAGAGGAUGACUCAGACCUGGAGAAGACUGAAUCCCAGCAACCAGCAGAAUUAACAGAAAUUGAAUCAAUGCCUGCUGCUCCCAGAUAUCAUGACUCAGACUCGCGCAAAACUGAAUCCCAACAGCCAGCAGAACUAUCAGAACUUGAACCAAUGCUUGUUGAUAACACAGAUGGUGACCCAGACCUGCAGAAGACUGAAUCCCAACAGCCAGCAGAAUCAACAGAAAACACGGCACAUGUAAACACAGUCGAUCCUUCAAGCGGCAAUGAAGAAUCUUUGCAAGACGGACAUGAAGAGGCUUGAAAGCCUUCCUGUUAGUGUCUGCUCUGCAAGUGUGCCUUCAAACAGUUGUCUGAACAAGGAGUUUAAUUCGCUUGUCUUGUCUUGAACAGUAUGUGUCUCUGAAUUUGGUGAUUUCUUUUUUUAUUAUUAAAAAUUGGGGGAGGGGUUAGAUCAAAUGUUGUGGACAUGCAUGCAUUUUGUUAAGCAACGGUGAUAUCACAUGACCACACAUUCGCGUUGUUCCAGGGGUUAUCAUUGUAUAUACUUUAUGUAACACUUCUAAGCGUUCUCAUUUCUGAGAUAUAUAUAUUUUUAAUGAGCUGUCUUAAACCUGUACUAUAUUGCCAGUGUUUAUUUGGAAACUGUACAGUUAUUGCUAAUGUACAAAAUUGAAUAAAACGUUAUUUAAUAAAAUCAAA